AGAGAACAAAGGAGAGAGUUUUUCAUUAAUGACUACAUUUUUAACAAAGUGGUAAUGGCAAAAUACAAUAAAAGCCAUUUAUAUAGGCUGAUAAAAGUGAGAAAAACCUAUCUAAUUUUUCAAUUUUCACAGCAUCCCUCAAGAUGAAAGCAUAUCAAAUGCAACCAUCUUGACAAAAAUGUCAAUAUAAAAAAAGAAAAUAGCAUCUCAAUCUUAUUCUAACUAUUCUAACUCCAUCUUCGAGAAAAACCAUCUUGAACAUUUGCAAACCUUCUCAUGGCAGCUGCGCUCCUUGAAGGAGCCUCAAACUCUCACUUCUCUUGGAUGCAUGGGCUGUAUCUUUUGGCUGCAAAACAAGCCUUUGAUAAAACUAUAGCAGAACUCGACAAGCCUCAAUGAAGAAUCAAUUGGCUCCAAAGAUGCCACAACUCAGCAACUCUCAGCCACUUUCACUGUUGCUGAUAUUAUUCCUUCAUCAAAGACCAUUCACCCUUGGUACUCCCACCUUUGCUUUGGGUGCAGAGGCAGGUUAUGAAACCACUUCUAAGGUCAUUGCUGAAUAUGUUUGGAUUGGCGGCUCUGGUAUGGAUCUUCGGAGUAAAGCAAGGACUCUUUCUGGACCAGUAAGUGAUCCUGCAAAGCUGCCGAAGUGGAAUUACGAUGGGUCUAGCACAGGACAGGCUCCUGGAGAAGACAAUGAAGUUAUCCUCUACCCUCUAGCAAUUUUCAAAGAUCCGUUUAGGAGGGGGAACAACAUUCUGGUCAUGUGCGAUGCUUACACACCAGCAAGUGAACCAAUCCCGACGAACAACGGAUACAGGACAGCACAACAAAUUUCCACUCCAAUUUCAAGCUUUGAUUCAUUGAGUGAAAACAUCUUCAUCAUCUCAUCAACAAUCAUCAUCUCAACAACAAAUUUGAUUACGCAACUCCAAGCAUAUAACCAAAAAUUCACCAAUUGUUGCAAUCACCAAUUGCAACUUCCAACCCCCCACCCAACGCAAGACCAUCAACAGCCACAAAAGUCUUGCAGUUGCAACCAUGUUUGUGAACAAAGCAUCACUAUCCAUCCAUCAAAUCCACUCCACAAGGAUCUGCAAUUCAACAACACAGACACCAACACCACAUAGCCUUCCUCCUCACCCAAACAAAUAACAAAUCUGGCAAACUGACUUCUCAAUGAAGAUCAAAAACACAUUUCAAACAUCCACAAACCAAGCUCGAAACAGAUCCAACCGAAAAAUCGGAGAACAACAAAACAAACAUCCGACAUACAAUCGGAAAAACAGAGAUAAAUCAGAAAACAUAUUCAGAUUCAACAACAAAUUUGAGAAAACAUAUUCUCAAACCGAAACACUCAACCGAUUUUAAUCGGAGAGAUAUAAACUUGGAUCAUACAAAUCCAAUGAACAAAGGAUUGACAAAAUCGGAGCAUACAACUCCAUACUACACCAAAUAUGAACUCUAAGCAGAGAGAACCGAUUACAAUUGGAAUUGAAAAAAAAAAUCCAAAACUCAAUUGAGAUCUGAGGAUAGAGAAAUCACCGAUCUGGAGUACAUCGACGGUGAGGAGACGACUCGAGCAUUCUGACAGAGAAAUCUCAAAAUUCGGUUAACAGUUCCUUUCUGUUGAUUGACGACUCGAGCAUUCUGACAGAGGAAUCUCAGAAUCCGGUGAGAAGUAAUAGACGAAAUCUCCAUAGAAUUGCGGAAGAACUACGACAGAUUAUCACCGAUCCAAAAAUCUGAAUUCUAAGAACAAACCCUAACUAUGAAGAUUCAAAAGAAAAAAAAUAGGAUAGAGGAGAUAGAGGUAAUCAGAGGCGCAACGGAUUGCGCUCUGAUACCAUGUGAAAAAUGGAGAAGAGGAUGAUGGAUAAAUCUCCAUUGAAGGAGAAUGAAGGAUUAAUGGAGAUGAAAUGCGACGAAGAAGAAAGAGAACAAAGGAGAGAGUUUUUCAUUAAUGACUCC